CAUCCACAUAAAUUAUUUUUUUUUUAAUAAUAUUUUGAUUAAAAUUUUUUUAAUAAAAUAAAUUAAUCAAGUAAAAUUAUGAACGUAUUAAAAUUCUGUUCAAACCCAUGUCAAUGCCACGACACGUCUUUAAAUUUAUCAAAACUAAGUGAAUUAAAGCAACGUGCAUUUGGUAAAAAUAAUAAUUACGAAGAUCCAUUUAUAGUUAAUAAACAGAGAUACAAUAAAAAGGUAUUACUCGGUAAUUGGUAUGAAGAAAGAGCUGAUAAUACUCGACCAGCUGAUAAAUGUAAAUCAAAUUACAAUGACGCAAAGACCAAUGAGAAAGACGAACCAAUCAAAGACGAUGAAGAAAAUUACGACACAUUUCAAACUGCAUUGAUGCACAAAAAAAAGCAACAAGGAAUUGGUCGUGAUUUAAUUGCUGCACCAGGUGAUUAUGAUAACAAUUUUUCAACCCUAUACGAUUUGACAUAUCGUGUUUUGCCAAAGGGUUUAAAAGGUCCAAGAUUGAGAGUCUACAAUGCAACCCGAGAAGCAUAUUUACCUGAGAUAGAUUUAACUGAAAAUUUUGGAAAUUUAUAUGGAUAUGGUUUGAAAGAAUACAUCAAAGAAAAAGCGAGAAUUAUAGAUCAAUCAGAAUUAGAUCAAGAAAAUAAAGAUUCAAUGAGAACAAGUUAUCAAUGUGAAUAUACAAAAAAAAAAAUACCAGAUGAUAUAAAAAGAUUUCCAUUGAAAAGUGCAGAAAUGAAUACACCAGAUUUACGAUAUUUAGGAAUUGAUUUAAAUGCAAGAUGGUCUCGUUUGUACACCCAUGGAUUUCAUAGACCAAAUUUUUUACCAAAACCAACAUGUGGCUGAUGAAAAAAUCAACAAACAAAUAUGAUUUUUUUUCUAUAAAACAAAUAUUUAUUAAUUUUUUUAAAUGAUUUUAUUCAUCAUUUAUACUUCGGCGUUAUUACAAAAAAAAACAAACUAACAAACAAAAUAACAUAAUUUUAACAAACAUAUUGACAAUAAAUUAUUUAAAUUAAUUUAAAAUUA